CAGUGGAGGAGAGGAGGAGAAAGUGAGUGAUUUGUGGUCUGCUGUGAGAGAGACGCUUCACAUUCAUCCCUGUGUGUUUGGAGAAGGAGAGAGACGCGUUCACACUACUUUACAUCAACAGACAGACUUAAAGGAAAGUGUUGUAGGCUGGAUCAAGGCUGGAGACAGGACAGGAGCCCCUCUGACCGAGCUGCUCCUCCAUUGGAUGUUAUCAGAGAGGAGGGGAGGUUUUGUGAUCUAGACCCCUUUCGGAGAUGAGCCACAGGGCGGAUGUGAAGGAAGCUGACGGAAAGUGAUUGAAGAGGAGGAAUGAUAACUGCAGGAAUUUCAUCUUCUCUCUGAUUUUAUUAUUUUUCUUUUAUGUGGAUUGGUCUGUUCCAGCCUUUUAAAAUAACUAUCACCUCGGCUCAAAGUUGACAGAUUAGUUGUAUUCACUCAGCUGUAUUAUGGGACGCAUCUUUGCUUGCAAUUAAUUUUUCAACCAGUUUUUAAAAUAUUUCCUUUUCUGAUUACUAAUUUACUACAUUUCAACAUGGCCAUCAACACGGACACCGACUUCCUCAAGUCCAACUUAAGUGAAGGAGGUGGAGGAGGCCCUCAGUCCUCUGACCCCCAUGAGACGGAGAAACUCCUGGCGCUGACCACCGAGCCCGGAGGAAACGGGAUGAAGAUGUCCACCUCCUUCACGGUCAACAUAGACAGCGACAAGGGCCAGGAGGCCGACCAGAACGGCCACAGCGUCGCCGUGAGGUCGGGCUCCGCCGGGCAGCUGGGCGCCGCCGCCCCCCUGUCCCCGUCCAAGGCCAGUCUGAGCCGCUCCUCCACCGGGAACGCCACCGUCCAGGUGAACCCGAAGCCCAAAGAUUACCUCAUCCUCGUCAUUUUAUCCUGCUUCUGCCCCGUGUGGCCCGUCAGCAUUGUGGCCCUGGUGUACUCCAUCAUGUCCAGAAACAGUUACCAGGUGGGGGACAUCGACGGGGCCAAGAGGCUGGGUCGACUCGCUCGUCUGCUCAGCAUCGUCUCCAUCAUCCUGGGAAUCAUAAGCAUCGUCGUCUACGCCUCAAUCGCAUCGACCCACUGACAUGGACGAGCUGAGGGACAAAAUAAGGAACCGUGUAAAAGCCAAACCAUGGAUGCAACAGGGGGGGGGGAUCCCAUUCCGACACAAAAAAACAAGAAUUCCUAACUUUAUACCAUAUUGUAAUUACAUCAUGACCAACCUGAGAAAAAAAUAGGCAACUCAUGAGAGUAGGUACUGCAGCAAGUAAACAAAUAAAAACAUUCAGAGAAAACUUCAGAGAUGCAUGCAUUAGAAACCAGUAACAUUUGCUUGACGAAAAUAACAAAAAAAACCUGAUAUAAAAUCGAGUUCAGGUUAAAACAGAUGAAAAAGAAAAUGCAGAUUUGUGUGUGCAGGACAGGAGGACUCAUAAAUGUGUGUUUUUUGGAAUAAUGGACUUCUUAAAACGAAGCUGAUGAUCUAAAUAUGAGGAGAAGAGCGAACGAUCGACGUUUUCUAUGUCUUUGAAAAACGGACUUCAACCUUGGGACAGCUGCGUAUAAUCCUCAUAUAUUCCUUACUGAACCUCUUGCAUUCAAAGCAUAUACAGCUACAGAUAUAUUUGAAAUAUGGAUAUAUGAAUAUAUAUAUAUAUAGAUGUCCAUUUUAUAAAAUGUUUGUAUGCCAAGUAGUGCUGGGUUUGUUAAGACUGUCACGAUGGCUGCUGUGUCAGCACUUGGAUUAUCAGUGGAGGGUUUGUGAAAAAGGGGCAGGGAACACAUUUUAAAUUUUUGUUAUUUAUUAUCAUUUUUUGAACUAAAAAAAAGAAAGAAAAAGAGACCAACUGCAUGCUUGAAUGUAGAUAACCAAAAUUCUGCCUUCGUUUUGACUGUUAAUAGUUGUCUCUUUUCUUAUUAAGGAGAACAGGUUUGCACAUGGAAGAGUGAUUUGUGUCCAGCCACUGCAGAAUGUGUGAGGACUGUGAUCACUUUAUGUCUCCUCUUGAACUUGCAUUGCUCUGGCAGAGACUGAAAGCAUGCCAAACCUCCCAAAUUCCUCCUUUUUCUUUCACAUCUGUACCACAAACCUUCAUUUCAUGGCUUCUGUCUGUUCAUUUUGACCCCUAACAUCCAUUUUACAUAUUACCUUUCUACAACAUAGCUCCCAAAAUCAUUCUUACAUUGUUAUACAUUGAUUGUUAAAUGUCAUUGUUUCACUGAAUGUUUUUUCCGCUCCUUGUAUUGGUAUCAAAUGUAUUUAUAUGGGAAAAUAUAUAUGCAAUAUGUACGCAUGCUACGGGCCAAACAGGCUCACACAUAUAUUUUUUGUAAACGAACAGGCCUACAAGUUUGACUGAGUAACAACAAAAAGCAUUUAAAGAGCCUUUGUUUAAAAUCCAAGCACGACAGAUUGUCUGUAUUUGUCACUUUAUCAGAGAGAAGUCACUGUAUUACGUCCCCUGUGGGUACACAGGACUGUUGUAUUGACACAUUAUGCUACAAGCACAGGCGACAUCACUGUAAGACCAUGUAGCAUUAUUUAAAUCCACUGCUCUUCUUUGGGAAUUAUUGUCUUUUUAAUUUUUAUUUGUGCAAUUUAAAUCAGGACUCAUGGACAAAGUUCCUUUAAAGUGGUAAAAUGUUUGUUUAAGGGCUCAAACAAGUGACACAAGAGAAACACCAGCAAAUUUCGACUAAUGAGUGAUGAAAUGUUUAGACUAUACAGCUAAAGAUCUGAUCAUAUUUAAAUUACACGGAUGGAUUACUGAAUGGGCCGACUGGACACAGUAUCAGGGGCGUCCACUGGCCUUCACCCACAAAAUGUGAAAAAAAGACCUGCAACAACCAGGAAGAUAGUCAACAUGACCACAAAGAAACAUAGAACGACCUCGAAGAGAUACAAAGCAGCUGCAACGAUCAUAAAAUGUCACAAAAUGACGACAAAGAACCUUGAAAUGAAUGUGAAGAAACAUAAGAUUACAACAAAGAGACACAAAACAGCCACACAGAUAAACAAAGAGACUCAUAAUGACUAUGAAAAGGGUUAAAACAACAACGAAGAGACACAAAAUUACUACAAAGAGAUGCAAAACAACAACAGAGAGAUGUAAAACAGCUGCAAAGACACAAAGAGACUCAAUGAGAAGGGGCAAACAACCACAAAGAGACACAAAAUGACUACAAAUUGACUUGAAAUGACUUCACAGAGACAUAAAAGACUACAAAAUGUAACUAGAAAAAAUAAAAUGAUAACAAAGGAACAUGAAACCUGUCUGUGUCCAGGGGCCCAUUGUCUCAUAAUCCAUCUAUGAAAGUAUAAACACUGUAACGCACAAUGUUUUGUCUAAAAUGAGCUGUAAUCAAUUCCAUUCCAGUUCAUAGCUGUACAUAAAAACAUUCUUUAUCCAAACAUCUUUAAGCAGCAAAAUCCAAAGAUCCCCCAUGUUUACGACCAAACUCAAAAAUCUCACAUGGCAACAUGUGUGUAAUUUCUGUAGAUCACACCGAGUGUAGUUUACUGCUCUAGGGUUACUCACUAACAUACAAAUUUUCCAUUGCUGAAUCUGGUGUUUAAAGAGCCAACCGUCUCGCCAAUGAGAUCAGUUCAAACCUUCGUUUCAUUCCGAAUUAUUACUGUGUUUCUUUUCCAGUAUACUGUAUGUGCCAGUUUUCAUCUCUGUGGUGUACAUUUUGCAUGUCUGGAAUAAAUGUUACCAUGCAUGGUCCAAGUUUUUGCCUUU